CAUCGGUGUUAAACGUGUUAUUGUGGCUCCGAGUAUUAGCACACAGGGCUGUAAUUUGUGGCCUCAGAAAGCUGCCUGUCUCCUCUUGCCAUUCAUUCGAAACAUUUAUUGAAUAGACCAGGGCUGGGUCGGUAGUUCCGCUUCCCCUUCGCCAUAGCGGAAUUAUCCAAGGGCCGAGAAGAUAGAAGAAAAGUUGCAUUGUAAAUAGUUCCAGUCCGUUUUUUACUAACUUAUUUGUUCGCCGUGUGUACCGGAGGCCCCCCAUGUUACAGUGGACAUACUUUUAACGGAUUUACGGACGUUUUCCAAACCGUCGAAGAUCGUACCGGAGUCAAGUUCUAUUCAAGUUUAACUAGUGUGGAAUCUCCGGUUCCACUCGGUGCUUCUUUUCUCCUGUAGUGCCUGAGCACACCAGUCCCUGAUGCUGAUCCCUGCGAGGCUCGUGACAACCUCCUAGCAAUGUGUGAUAACGGAGACCCCGAGGAUAAGCCCCCUGCCCCUCCGGUCAGGAUGAGCAGCACCAUCUUCAGCACCGGCUCUGGCAAAGACUCACUCUCAGCCAACCACAGCUCUAAACCACUGCCUUCUGUGCCUGAGGAGAGGAAACCUCGCAAUAAGAUCAUCUCAAUCUUCUCUGGGGCUGAAAAAGGUGGUAGGAAGAAAGAUCGGGACAAAGAGCGACCAGAAAUCUCACCGCCGUCAGAUUUUGAACACACCAUACAUGUUGGGUUUGAUGCUGUAACAGGGGAGUUCACGGGUAUGCCGGAGCAAUGGGCUCGACUACUCCAGACCUCAAACAUCACCAAGUCAGAGCAGAAGAAAAACCCACAGGCUGUGCUUGAUGUUCUUAAGUUCUACGACUCAACAGGCAACGGUCGCCAGAAGUACCUCAGCUUCUCAUCCUCUGAAAAAGAGGCAUUCACUCCAGGGCCUCAGUCUCCCGUCAAAAAAGGCACAGAACCCUCAUCUCCGAACAUCAAAGACAUUGAUGACGACGACGACGAUGAAACUCCUCCUCCUGUUGUUGCACCAAGACCAGAACACACAAAGAGUGUAUAUACCCGCUCUGUUAUUGACCCCAUACCUGCACCCAGCACAUGUCCGGAUGGAGAUACCGCCUCCAAGGCUGCAGACAGACAGAAGAAGAAGGGCAAGAUGUCGGAUGAGGAGAUCAUGGACAAACUGAGAACCAUAGUAAGCAUCGGGGAUCCCAAGAAGAAGUACACCAGAUAUGAAAAAAUUGGUCAGGGGGCAUCAGGAACAGUAUUCACAGCCAUUGAUGUCGCCACAGGACAGGAGGUCGCCAUUAAACAGAUCAACCUACAAAAGCAGCCGAAGAAAGAACUCAUUAUCAAUGAGAUACUUGUAAUGAAGGAGCUGAAGAACCCCAACAUUGUCAACUUUUUAGACAGUUUCCUGAUGGGGGAGGAGCUGUUUGUAGUGAUGGAAUAUCUGGCUGGUGGCUCGCUGACAGAUGUAGUUACAGAGACCUGUAUGGAUGAGGCCCAGAUAGCUGCUGUCUGCCGGGAGUGUUUACAAGCUUUGGACUUCCUGCAUGCGAACCAGGUCAUCCACAGAGACAUCAAAAGUGACAAUGUGUUGCUUGGGAUGGACGGUUCAGUCAAGCUGACCGAUUUCGGCUUCUGUGCCCAGAUCACUCCAGAGCAGAGCAAACGUAGCACCAUGGUCGGCACGCCUUACUGGAUGGCUCCUGAAGUGGUGACCAGGAAGGCUUAUGGGCCGAAAGUAGACAUUUGGUCGCUGGGUAUAAUGGCCAUUGAGAUGGUUGAAGGAGAGCCUCCCUACCUGAAUGAGAACCCACUACGAGCAUUAUACCUGAUUGCCACAAAUGGCACGCCCGAGCUUCAGAACCCUGAGAAGCUGUCUCCAGUUUUCAGAGAUUUUCUCAACCGUUGCCUGGAAAUGGAUGUGGAGAAACGAGGUGGAGGCAAAGAGCUCCUGCAGCAUCCGUUCCUGAAGCUGGCGAAGCCUCUCUCCAGUCUCACACCUCUCAUCCUGGCAGCCAAGGAAGCAAUGAAGGGCAAUCGUUAGCUGAUGAAACUAGCUACCCUGCCUUCCCAUGCUGUGCACAGAUAUGUGCCAACCAUUUAGAUUUCGUGCCAGACAAUAGGCUGAGAGUGACUCGCCACUCUUGAUGCACCAGCCUUAUAAGCCCUGACAAACCUCACUGUGAAGAAGACCAAAAAUCUAGAGCACAACCCCACCGCUGUCCAUAUGAACUCUAUUCACACUCAGACGUCAGAAGACAAGUCAAACUAAAGUGCUUAGUUUCAGAGUCAGGCAUAGUUAAUUUUGUACAUCACAUCUCCUGGUGACAGUUUAGGGCUAGGCUUGUAUUUAACUUGGAAUGAAGAAGACGCCUAGUUCUAUUUAGUUUUUUUAAUCAACUGCCUUAAACAAAUGCAAAAUGUUGCCUAAUGUAUUGUUGAUUGUGUCAGUGUCUCUUUUCCCAUGAUUUUUACUACCUUUGAAAUUGACCUUUUCAGUGUGUCGGUGUCUUAGUUAUUUUGAUACUUGAAUUUCAUGUUUGUCCCCCUUCUUGUUAUAUAAUGUGUCUCAUUCAAUGAACACUUGCUAUUUCCACAUCGACCCAUGUUGUAUGGACAUUUCUCUUACCGGUUUUAUAGGAAACAUUUCAGCGCAUUGAUCAUCAUGGAGGUGUGCUGUGAUUGUGUUGUUCUACAGUUGUCACUCCUGACAGAUCUACUGUACCAGUUGUUACCCCCCUGUACCAUUAGUCUCCUGAUACCAGAGGCGCACCUUACAGGCAAAAUUAAAAUGUUAGAUUGACAGGGUUUAUACUUUCUUCUCUAUUGUUGUUAUUAAAAAUGAGUAUUGUAUGUUGAUCUCUGUCCUUUGUGUUCUUCCGGACUAAACAGAUGUGCUUUUCCCAUGUGUAUAUUGUGUACUUAGUAGUUAGUUUGAGAAGAAGGAAACUAAUCAUAGCCAUAUCAUGCUGGUUAGCUGUCGAAGGCUGGUGGAGACAAUUUGUUUCUCUUUUUUUUUUUGUUUUUCAUUUUGGACAACUAACAACUUUGUCUGCGCACUCAAAUAAAUGCAACUGUUUUUGCUUUUGUGA